AUGCCAAGACUUGCUUUAAAAUUUUUUAUUAUUUUAGUAAUAAAUCCUUGAAUUGCAUGGUGUCAAUUAAAUAUGCUUGAACUUAAGUUCAAAUUACCUCGGUCAUACACUUUAUGUGUUCCCACAAGUUUAGCAAUGGAUCGCAGGUCAAAAAUUGAAAUCCCUUCUCCUAAAAAAUCUAUCCAAGAUGACUAUAGGCGAUUUUCCGAACAAAUAAAGUUACCACCUUUAAGAAGGACUCGGCCUAGGAUAGAAAGUUGCAAUGCAUGCAUAGGAUCUUCAAAUGAAUAUCUAGGCAAUCAUAAAGUUGUAAAAACACUUAAAUACCUACCUUACAUAUAUGCACAAUCUGGUUUUGAAGGAGUGAAUGAUGCUUUAUCUGACCUUAAAAAAGAAUUGGAUGAUUCUCCAGGAAUUGAGAGGAAAAUUGGGUUUCUAAAUAUUUUCCAAGAAAUAAGGCCAAAAGAUCAGCAGUUUCAAAGGAGUAAGACACUGAAUUAUUUAAGAUAG